GUGGCGGCAGCGCGCAUGGAGCUGUGAAUCGCUGGAGCAGUUGUUUGUACACCGGAGUGUGUGUGCGGGUUAGGGGGUGUGUGUGUGUGGGAAAGACUGUGUACGGAACCGCUCCAUGACAGCAGCACACGUUUAACGAUGGCGUCCGGAGAGACGCUGUACAUCGAGGCGGAGGGCGCGGCGGUGCCCGCGGAGCUGGUGGAGCUGCAGGAGAUCGAGGUGGAGACCAUUGAGACCACCGUCAUCGGCGGAGAAGAUGAAGAUGAGGACGAAGAGGAGCCGGCCAUGAUCGCGCUGCAGCCGCUGCACACCGGGGAUGGGGAACCGGGCGUCAUCCUGCUGCAGACCCGCGAGGAGGUAGUCGGAGACGACGCGGAGCUGCGGGCGGAUGCCUUCGAGGAGCAGAUCCUCAUUCCGGUGCCCACACCCGGCGCAGACGCGCAGUACAUCGGCCAGACGCUACUGACGGUCGCGGGCAGGAGCUCCGGGGGGCGUGCGGGACGGAGGGCGGCGGCGGGAGGCAAGAGAACCGGCAAGAAGAGCUACCUGAGCGCGGCGGAGUCCAGCGGGAGGAAAUGGGAGCAGAAGCAGGUGCAGAUCAAGACUCUGGAGGGGGAGUUCUCCGUCACCAUGUGGGCGUCAGAUGAUAAGAAGGAGCUGGAGCAUGAGGUGGAGGAGCACAUCAUCGGGGAAAACUCUCCGCCUGAUUACUCUGAGUACAUGACUGGGAAGAAGCUCCCGCCCGGCGGCAUCCCGGGCAUUGACCUGUCUGACCCCAAACAGCUGGCGGAGUUCGCCAGCCCCUUCAGCAACAGUGGCGGUCAGUUUUCUCGAAUGAAGCCGAAGAAGAUCAGGGAGGACGAUGCUCCUCGAACCAUAGCCUGUCCACAUAAGGGCUGCAGUAAAAUGUUCAGGGAUAAUUCAGCCAUGAGGAAACACCUUCACACUCACGGCCCGCGGGUUCAUGUGUGCGCCGAGUGUGGGAAGGCCUUCGUGGAGAGCUCCAAACUCAAGCGCCAUCAGCUGGUGCACACCGGAGAAAAACCCUUUCAGUGUACGUUUGAGGGCUGUGGGAAACGCUUCUCUCUGGACUUUAACCUCCGCACACACGUGCGCAUUCACACCGGCGACCGGCCCUACGUCUGCCCCUUCGACGGAUGCAAUAAAAAAUUCGCUCAGUCCACCAACCUCAAAUCACACAUUCUGACACACGCCAAAGCCAAAAACAACCAGUGAACUCUCUGUGUGUGUGUGUGUGUGCUGGAGCUCUGCGAGAUGACCUUAAGGAGAACAGGGGACUGAAAAAGACUAAAGGAAAACCCUGUGUUUAUAUAUACACACACACACACACACACGAGGAGCCGAGCGCUUCUUUCUCUUCCACUUUUUCUCCAGUCUCUCGAUCCACUGCAAAGAUGCUUUCAUUUAGAGUUUGUGUCUCAUUUGUAGUCUGAAUAUCUAAACAUUCUUAACUCCAGAAGUGUUUUCUAGACCAGAUAUAACGAGUCAGAAGGAAGUGAGCAAAACAAGUCAUGAGUCUGACAAUGGGGUCAGAAAAAUAAGCUCAUUUCAGACUGAGAACUAGAUUAUUCUGCUUGUUUUAAGGAGAAACUCUCUUCAUUCUGAUUGAUUAUUGCUGAAAACACGACUAUAGUUUGUGCUUGUCUAGAAAAUGCUGACAGAUUGAAGAGUUUGUAGAUGAUUGCACUAGGAACAGGACAGAAACUCUAAAUGAAAGCUGUUCUUGCAGUGUGCUCUUCAUGCAUCAUAUCUUUUAAUUUGGUAUUUCUCCAGUGUGCAUAUUGUACACUUAUUUCAGGAGUUAUUUCUGUAGCUCUGUCUGCUUGUGUUGCUCUGUGGUUUGGUCUGGCUGUGAUGCAUCAUGGGUAAUGAGUUAUGUGUGCGUGCGCGUGUGUGAUGUGUAAGAUGCAGUGGUUGUGUUUGAGCACACCUGCAGUGUUAUUGUCUUUGUUUUCUUCUUCAGAGAGUGUAUGGUGAGGGUCUGAGCAUCAACUGUCCUUUGUUUAUAUUCACACCUGUAUUCACACCUCACCUGUAUUUCAGCAAAAAGCAAUUAAAGAGGGAAAAUCACCUUUUGUCACCCA